CAAAGUAAUAAUGAGAGGGGGCGGUGGGUAGAUAUAAGAGAAAAGUAAGAUCUAUAGGAUACUAAUAAGUCGUUUAUCUUUUUCUACAAAAUCCCAAUCUCUGACAUCAACAACUGAAUCCCAUUUCUCUAAGAGGGCCCUAUCAAAAAAGGGAAUGAAUUGAGGAGGUUGGGGGAAACAUGGAGGCUGACUUGGUUAAGGAAAAUGAUAGAAAACGAUCAUUGCAUGAAAACCAUGGGUUUUCAACCAAUUCUGAUUCUUUCUCAAUAGCCAAUAUUGAAAUGCAAGGUAGCUUUGUAGAAUUAAAUGAGUCGCAAGCUUCAUUUGUGGGAACUUUCGAGACAGGCAAGGAUGCAGCCCAGAUUUUUUCAGAAACAAGGUCAGCGAUUAGAAAGAAAACCAAGUUUAGGAAAAGGAUGGAGCAGCUUGAUUCCUCGGACUGUAGUGAUCAAAGUCAGAUUGAUAAGCAUCCUGAGGAAGUUGGCCUUACUAACACUGAUCAAACGAAUACUGUUUCAGGUCCAACUCUAUCGGAUGAAGGGAAUAGUGAAGAAAAGAUUGAUUCAUUUGAUGCAAAUGAUACGAGUGAUGUAUCUCUUGCUAUUGCUAUACCUCCUGUUAGUCAAUCGAGGAAAAAGCUGCUUGUUCUUGAUUUGAAUGGGUUACUUGCCGAUAUAGUCUAUAAUCCUUCAAUUGAUUGCACUCCAGAUGCACUUGUUGCAGGACGGGCAGUUUUUAAGAGACCCUACUGUGAUGAUUUUUUGAAGUUCUGUUGUGAGAGGUUUGAAGUUGGUAUCUGGUCUUCAAGAAACAGGAAAAAUGUGGAAAGAUUUAUUGAUUUUCUGAUGGGAGAUAUGAAACAAAAAUUGCUGUUUUGUUGGGAUUCGUCUUACUGCACCACGACACAAUUCAAUACUCUUGGGCAUAAAUAUAAGCCCUUGGUUUUUAAAGAUUUGAGGAAGCUUUGGGAAAAACAUGACCCUGAUCUUCCAUGGGAGAAGGGAUAUUAUAACGAAUCAAACACGUUGUUGAUAGAUGAUUCUCCCUACAAAGCACUGCUUAAUCCCCCACAUACCGCAAUAUUUCCUCAUUCAUUCAAGUUCGACAUGAAGGAUAAUUCAUUAGGUGACGGAGGAGAUCUUAAAGUUUACUUGGAAAGACUAGCUUCAGCUGAUAAUGUACAGAACUUUGUCGAGCAAAAUCCACUUGGUCAAAUAGCUAUCACUGAAAGAAGCCAAGAUUGGGGAUUCUACAGCCAAGUAAUCGAUACAUGUCUUUAGUCCGAACUACAAAAUGAUGUGGGUCUUCCGACUUAACUUCUAGUUCAGUUUCUGUUAACCUGAAAUGAAACUUCAGCAUAAGUAACUUACAUGAAAAAAAGGGGGGGGGGGAGGAAAAAAAAUUACAGAAACCCUAAAAACCAAAGGCCUAGGGUGGAUUCAUUGCUAACAUUUUGCUUUGUUUUUGUUCCAUGCUUAUAUAAUUUGGUAUUUUUGUUGGAUCACUUACAGCUGGUUACCAUUAUACCUUUUCCAGUUUUUUUUCUUUAAGUGUACAAUAUUUUUCUUUCUGGUUACUUCGGUGGAGCAAAAUACGAGUUGUGACCUGGCUGUUACAUUGUUAUUAUUUUUCUUUUUGGGAUAAUAAGUUUAUGUAUUCAUUGAGAUUGACAUAAGUGAGAUUUAAAGGAUGGGGAUCCUAUAAAACAGGGUCAUCUUGUUGUUUAUUGUGGGUUAUUAUAAUAUGUCAUUGGAACCUUAA